AUGGAUCCGGCACGCAAGGCUAUGUUACAAUCUGGGCGCAGGUCUCCUCCUCGAAGAGAUAUUGCCUCGCCUCGGAAUGACCCCAACACGCGCAUCUCCAAGCCGACGAACCCGGCUCCCUCAGCCAGGUCGCGACAGAAUAAGACGUCUUCCUCUGCGUAUAUGACCCAGGAUGAGCAGGCUCGGAAGUUUGUCGCCGAAGAGGACAAGUUUGUCCUAAAACAGACCAAGAAAAAGGCCGACAUUCGUGUUCGUGAAGGACGCGCCAAACCGAUCGACCUCCUCGCCUACAAUCUUCGCUUUGUUGAUGAUGAUCGCGACUUGUUUGACGAGGACGAGGCAGACCUACACGUUGCCCUAACACCACCCGAUGUCGUAUUACAAGGCCUCGACGCAUCUCAGCUGCGGGAACUCGAAGCCGAUAUCAAAUCCUACCACACCCUCGAGACGAAUGCGAGAAAUCGUGAAUACUGGCUGUCUUUACAGACCAUCUGCUCUGAGCGCCGACAGAAACUCAAACCACAAGGUCCGGAUGACAGGGUUGUCAGCACUGUGUCAUCUGACGUCGACAAGAUCCUAAGUCCCAAGACAUACGAGCAACUGGAAGCCCUCGAAAAACAAGUGAAGGCCAAGCUACAAUCCAACGAAGACAUCGACAGGGAUUACUGGGAACAGUUGCUGCGCAGUCUUCUAGUUUGGAAGGCAAAGGCGAAGCUGAAAAAAGUGUAUGAGGCGGUCAAGGAGAGCCGGGCUGCCGUGCUGAACGCGCGCCACCCAGACAAAGCACAUCCCUCAUCGGAUGUUGUUCCAGGCCUCGGCGGCGCGUCCUCUAUCGCUCGCACCUCCACUGGAGCCGAAUCGUCCUCGAGGUUCGACACAAAGGCUCCAGUCAAAUCAAUAAUCCCAAGCGGCGCCCCGCCCGGAACGACUCGCUUUGCACAAGUGGAGAAUGAAGACUUCUCUCAGGCCACAAAGGCCCUUUAUGAACGCGAAGUCGCUCGCGGCGUUGGCGAGGACGAAGAGGUGUUCGCGGCAGAGGAGGCUGUUACUUCAACAGCGAAGCCCCAAUGGGCAGACAAGCACCGGCCACGAAAACCACGAUAUUUCAAUCGCGUUCAAAUGGGAUACGAGUGGAACAAGUAUAACCAAACACAUUAUGACCACGAUAAUCCACCUCCCAAGGUCGUCCAAGGAUACAAGUUCAACAUUUUUUAUCCGGAGCUUAUCGACAAGACAAAGGCACCAACAUUCAAGAUUAUUCGAGAACAUGGUCGCAGGAGGGGAGAGUCGUUUGCUCCGGCCGGAGAAGAAGACACAUGUCUCAUUCGUUUCAUCGCCGGACCGCCAUACGAGGACAUUGCAUUCCGUAUAGUCGAUCGUGAAUGGGACUAUAGCGCGAAAAAGGAUAGGGGCUUCAAGAGCUCCUUUGACAAGGGCAUCCUUCAACUACACUUCCAGUUCAAAAAGAUCUAUUAUCGAAAGUAG